CCAGAUGGAGCCGCCGAUUGGCUAACUGGGGCGCCGCUUGAUGGCGUCGGGCUGGCCCGCCGCAGUCCCGGCGGUGGCCCGGGGGCGAAGGCCUCCCUUGUGAGAGGGCCUGCGACCCCAGCUUGCUGUGGCCCCGGGGGGCGGAAACUGGAGGCACAAGCCUUCCCUACACUUCGCCAUGAGUUUCCUGAUCGACUCCAGCAUCAUGAUCACCUCUCAGAUACUUUUCUUUGGAUUUGGGUGGCUUUUCUUUAUGCGCCAACUAUUUAAGGACUAUGAGGUACGUCAGUAUGUGGUACAGGUGAUCUUCUCUGUGACUUUUGCAUUCUCUUGCACCAUGUUUGAGCUCAUCAUCUUUGAAAUCUUAAAGGUAUUAAAUAGCAGUUCCCGUUAUUUUCACUGGAAAAUGAACCUGUGUGUAAUCCUUCUGAUCCUGGUUUUCAUGGUGCCUUUUUACAUUGGCUAUUUUAUUGUGAGCAACAUCCGACUAUUGCAUAAACAGCGAUUACUCUUCUCCUGUCUCUUAUGGUUGACCUUCAUGUACUUCUUCUGGAAACUAGGAGAUCCAUUUCCCAUUCUCAGCCCAAAACAUGGGAUUUUGUCCAUAGAACAACUCAUCAGCCGAGUAGGUGUGAUUGGCGUGACUCUCAUGGCUCUUCUUUCGGGAUUUGGUGCUGUCAACUGCCCAUACACUUACAUGUCCUACUUCCUUAGAAAUGUGACUGAUGCAGAUAUUGUAGCCCUGGAACGGCGACUGCUCCAAACCAUGGAUAUGAUCAUCAGCAAAAAGAAAAGGAUGGCAAUGACACGGAGAACUAUGUUCCAGAAGGGGGAGGUGCAUAACAAACCAUCAGGAUUCUGGGGAAUGAUAAAAAGUGUUACCACUUCAGCACCAGGAAGUGAAAAUGCCCAUUUUGUGCCAGAUCUUACUCUUAUUCAACAGGAAGUGGAUGCUUUGGAAGAACUAAGCAGGCAGCUUUUUCUGGAAACAGCUGAUCUAUAUGCUACCAAGGAGAGAAUAGAAUAUUCCAAAACUUUCAAGGGGAAAUACUUUAAUUUUCUGGGUUACUUUUUCUCUAUUUACUGUGUUUGGAAAAUUUUCAUGGCAACCAUUAAUAUCGUUUUUGACCGAGUUGGAAAAACUGAUCCUGUCACAAGAGGCAUUGAGAUCACUGUGAAUUAUCUGGGGAUCCAAUUUGAUGUGAAGUUCUGGUCUCAGCACAUUUCCUUCAUUCUGGUUGGAAUAAUCAUCGUCACAUCUAUCAGAGGAUUACUGAUCACUCUUACCAAGUUCUUUUAUGCCAUCUCCAGCAGUAAGUCUUCCAACGUCAUUGUCCUGCUAUUAGCACAGAUAAUGGGCAUGUACUUUGUCUCCUCCGUGCUACUGAUUCGAAUGAGCAUGCCUCUAGAAUACCGCACCAUAAUCACUGAAGUCCUUGGAGAAUUACAGUUCAACUUCUAUCACCGUUGGUUUGAUGUGAUCUUCCUGGUCAGUGCUCUCUCCAGCAUACUGUUCCUCUAUUUGGCUCACAAACAAGCACCAGAGAAGCAUAUGGCACCUUGAACACGAGCCUGUUACAGACUUUAACAAGCCAAUGGUGUCAGGAUUUGGAUGUAAGAGGAAAAAAUGGAGGGGACCAGGGCGUAAUCUUUUUUAAACAAUCAAAAUGCUGAGGUAGCAUAUUCUACCCUCAGCUUAUGCCUUCCUCCUCAGUGGAUACUAUGAUCAUGAGUAGCAUUACCUAGAACAUGAGAGUGUGAAGUAAACUCAAGCUAGCACUCAGCGGAGAGCCUUCCAUGGGGGUUUGAAGCUGGUGCAGCAUCGGGACAAGGAGGUGGGAAAAAGCCAAGAAACUAGGUGGUGGGAAUACACUGGAACCCUGGGGAAAGGGGCAGUCACGGGUAGCUGUGCCAGACACCCAGAUUUUCUGUUCAAGGCUCACAGGGAGGAGGUUAUGGCUUUCCCUUAAGAUUGACUAUCAUUAAAAUCAGAUUGUAACUCUU